AUGACCGACCCCGCAGGAUCAGAUAAUAAUCUGCUGGAUCGCCUAAACGCCCUGAAACCAACCACUGUCAACCUAGAUGGCAGCUCAAAGUCAGUGGCGCCUGCAGAUACCAUUGAGCGGGCAAAACCCGCCACUAGGGAGGACGGAUUAUCAGAUCGCUUGAAGAGUCUUCGACAACAAGCGGAUUCGGCGAUACCGGCCCCUGUGCAAACACAGCCUCAAUCUAUCCCUACAGUCACAGACACCGACAUAGGCACACAGGGCCCAGCCACGUCGGCAGGAUCCGCUCGUGAGCAUGAUAGCGCAGACGACCUGCUUGAUACGGAUGACCAGACCUUGGAAGAACUCCUCGCAGAUCUUCAUUCUGAUGAGCAGUGGCUGGAAGAAGUCGCCGCCGAAGUUACCCGGAGUAAGGAUGACGAGCACCGAAGGGUGACUGCACUUCUCGAGGAGCUUGGUACAGCAUCUUCGCAUGAACAGGAAAUCAAAACGCCCGGCUACGAUGAAGACCGAGCUGGCGAUGGUAAUUCUGAAGAUGACUCCGACAGGGAAGACAUGCAACGAGAUGUUGACGAUGUUCUUGCUCGAGCCAUGGAUGAGGUGGAUUGGGAGAGCACCAAUGCGCCAGAGGAAAAGUCUGAAGUCAUCAAGUCUUCUGGGCCUCCAAAAGAUGAUCAGAACACAACCAGUUUGGAUCCGUUCAACCUUCCAGCAGUCCCAACAGAGCUUCAAGAACAAUCAGAUCUGCCAGAAACCUCUGAGAAAGACGCUGAUUUUGAGGCUGAUAUUACAAAACGCAUGGCUGCCCUGAAUGGACUAGGUGAUGAUAGUCGUACCCUCCCGUCAGCUCCAACCUCUCAAGUCGAUGAACUGGGACUCCCUGUCGCACCCACCUUUGCCCCGGCAGACCGUCCUGUACCAGGCAUUAUCAAGCGCCAUGGCUAUACGGACGAGGACAGUAAGACCUGGUGUACGGUCUGCCUGGAAGAUGGAGCAAUCAAAUGCCUAGGCUGUGAUGAUGAUGUGUACUGUGCCAGAUGCUGGAGAGAAAUGCAUGUAGGUCCCAGCGCUGGCUACGAAGAAAGGGGUCAUCAAUGGGAGAAAUUUGUGAAAGGUAGAUGA